AUGGAGGACUUCCGAGAAAAAUACAGCGUUAACAUUGAGAAGUUAACAGAUAAAUUGAAAAGGUGCACGCCAACACAAGCUGUGUCAUCUACUAUGAAACUACAGGAGAUUAAGAUUCCGAUAUUUUAUGGCGAGAUGAAUCAAUGGUCAUCAUUUAGCGAUCUUUUCCAAGGUUUGAUACAUAAUUCGAAGCACUUUACUGAAGUAGAAAAGAUGUUCCGGCUGAAGUCGUCAUUAGGAGGAGAAGCUGGAAGAUUAAUUCAGCAUUUACCGGUAACUGAAUACAACUAUGAAGCCGCUUGGCAAAUCCUCCAGGAAAGAAAUGAAAACAAAAGGCUGCAAUUCACAACACAAGUGGACAGACUUUUUGAUCAACCAACAGCAAAUGGGGAAAGUGCGGCAAGCAUGAAGCAGCUUUUGGAUACCACCAAGGAAUGCAUUUAUGCUCUAAAAGGGCUUAAAUUGAAUUUAAAUGACGAGCAAGCAAUUAUAGCUCGGAUAGUUGUUCGGAAACUAGACAAAGAAAGUCUCCGGUUAUAUGAGCAGAAUGUCAAGAAAACUAGGGAUAUCCAAAGCCUAGAUGAUGUUUUCCGUUUUCUGGAGCAGCAAUAUCAAGCUCUAGAAGCUAUACGAGACAGGAAAACAACUAAAUGGAGCAAUCAAAAGCAGCCACAACGAGCACCCACAUUCUAUACAGCUGCACAAAAGACCUGUAUAUAUUGCAAGAUUCCUGGGCAUCAAAUUGUUGAAUGCAGAAGGUUCCAGCCAUUGACUACGAUAAAUCGUAGAGGUUUCAUAGUAAACAAUAAGCUAUGCAAUAUUUGCCUCGACCACGUAUAUGAAGGCAAUUGCAAGAAUAAGAAAAAAUGCAAGUGUGGAAGAAAUCAUCAUAAUUUACUGCAUUACAAUGAAUUCCAGAAGGAAAAAGGAGCAGGUGAAGAAAAUGCUAUAAAAAAAUCAUCCACUAUGAUGACAAAAAACUCCGAAACAGCAAUACUUCUAGCAACAGCCCAGAUAAGAGUGAAGGCGGCAAAUGGAGAGUACGUGACAUUGCGAGCACUAAUCGAUCAAGGAUCACAGAAGACUACCAUUUCUGAAGAAGCCGCUCAAAUACUACACUUACCAAAGAGAAGAGAAGUAACUGAGCUACAAGGGCUAGGAAAUACUACAGUGGGAGUCUCCAAAUUUAAAGUCAACAUUGAAAUCAGGCCGAGAUUCCUAAGCAACGAAGUGUACAAUGUCGAAGCACUGAUUUUGCCGAAAUUGGCGAGUGCACAACCUGAUAAAACAUUUAAAUGGGAUAUAGAACAAUGGAGAAACUAUACUUUAGCUGAUCCCAACUUCAAUAGGUCAGAUCGAAUCGACGUCGUUAUUGGAGGAGAUGUAUAUGCUGACAUAUUAGAAGAAGGCAUAUUUAAGAAAGAUCGAAUACUAGGCCAAGCUACGAAAUUAGGAUGGAUAUUGUCGGGAGUUUUACAACAUCCGAGAAAAAUUGGUAGAAUUCUAGCAGCGGUGACCACAACGUUGGAGAAGUUUUGGGAAAUAGAAGACACCACAGCACCAACAUAUAUAGAAGAUGAUGAUGAAUGCAUGAAGAUAUUUGAUAAAACGACAACAAGAGAUGAAAAUAAUAGAUUUGUCGUCAAUCUACCUUUUAAAAAAAAAAAAGACUUAGACGAGGUUUCUUAA